AUGUGUGACAACAAAGUGGAAUCGGCCAAGAAUCAAACCCAACAAUCGCAACAGCAGCAACUUUCACCUUCCCCAAAAGACCCACUUGAGGAAUCACCAGAAACGAGACCACACCAUCACCAACAGCCACCGUCUGUUGUUGUUACCGGAGCUCCUUUCAUCUCUACUCCUCUGUAUGUCCCAAUCGGUGCUACUUCUUCUCCUUUUGACCAACAAUUUGACACUGUGACUGUAACCCCCAAGAGACCCAGAUAUGCUACUGCCCAAUGGAAAAUAUUGCCUUCACCAAGCCAACAACAACAAACACAGACUCCGAUUGUCACCAGCGAAUCAAGCCCAUCAGGGCCAUCACCAUCAACAAAUCCCACCCCCAUCGUCGCCUCCACCACCACCACCAACCCACAAACCCAACAACUUCACGCUACAGCCGCUUCCUCCUCGGACACGGCCUCAUCUCCUCCACACUCCCCUAUCCCUUCUUUCCUGGCAGCUUCUGGUCAUGAGACAAGCAAAACAGAAGGACAGCAACUUCACCACCAGCUUAGAAAGGGCAAGUAUGUGAGCCCAGUUUGGAAACCAAAUGAGAUGUUAUGGUUAGCGAGGGCUUGGAGGGUCCAAUACCAAGGUGGGUAUGAUGCCUCUGGUACAUCUUCGAGGACUGAGCACCUAGAGACCGGUCAAAUCACCGGCGAAGUCACAGUACAAUCAACAAGAGGGAAAACGAGAGCUGAUAAAGAUGCAGAAGUGGCAGAGUUCUUGCAAAGGCAUGGGGUAAAUAGAGAUGCAAAAACUGCUGGUACCAAAUGGGAUAACAUGUUGGGUGAGUUUAGGAAGGUUUAUGAAUGGGAGAGAGGCAGUGAGGGAGAUCAAAUGAGGAAGAGUUAUUUUAGAAUUUCUCCUUAUGAAAGGAAGCAACGUAAGUUGCCUACUUCUUUUGACGAGGAAGUGUUUGAAGAGUUGUCUCAGUUUAUGGGUUCUCGCAUGAGAACUUCGAGCAGAGGACCACCUGCAAUUGCUUCUGAUGAUGAUGGUAGUAGGACUGCUCUUACUGGUGCAAGAGCUCUCCCUCCACCCCCUCCUUUCAAAGAAGAUGACUAUUCUGUCCCAGCAAGGACAAAGAAAGUCAUGACCAGUGGAGCUGAAGCUUACUUUCACGGUAGUAGGGGGAGUAUGUUAGGGUUUGAGACUUCGAUGGACGUCGUUGCUGGUACUUCUUCGUCAUCAAAGGAGCGUCGUAGAAUUGGUAAAAUAAGAAUGACAUGGGAAGAAUCAGUGAGUUUGUGGGCUGAAGAAGGGGAAAAUAGAGGGAGAGUGAGGGUUCAAGGAUCAAGCUUUUUGAAUGCCGAUGAGCUCACUUUCUUCGACGAUUCCAUGGUAGCUUGCACCAUGGAAGCCUUCGAAGAUGGACCCCUAAAAGGUUUCUCGGUUGAUAGAUUCGUUUCUGGACAACAAGUCAAAGUCUUCGGAAGAAGAAAGUCUUGCCCAUCAGCUUCCGCUUCUUCUGGUUUCGUUGAAAGAGCUCAGCUUCCAUCAAUAGAACCCUCAAUAAGAUCAAUCCCACCAGGAGAAUUUCAAGAUCCAACUGAGUAUUACGUGGGUUGUCUUCGAGUGCCACCAACAGCACUUCCAAACUUGUUUGAACUCUCAUGGUAUUUACAAGAGCCGCCACCUGAAGAACUACGCUUCCCACUUAGGAGAGAUGUUUACAGAGACUUACCUCCAGGCAAAGAACGCUUCUUCGCUACUACUGCUGAACUUUUAGAUUGCAGAGGUAUCGCAUUUGAUAUCUUGAGCUCAGUUAUCCGAACUAACCCUUGCAUCAGUGGUGGCAAUGCCUCGAGUAGAGACUCUUUUAUUGGCAUUUGGGAUGAUUGUAUUAAUAGGGUUGUGUCCAAAUUCUGCUCUGUUGAAGUGGUUAUUGUUAGAAAAGACUCUUCAUCAUCAGUGGAUACAUUGCAGGAUCAGUGGCCAAAUGUGACCGGAUUUGUUAGAAACUUUUGUUUGUGGAGAGGAGAGGAAACCGACCAAUUGAGGGAAGGUCUGAUUGAUCCCUCUUCUUCUAUAGUAGAGAAGCUUUUAUGGACUUAUAUGGAUAUCCCUUAUAUUCUAGGCUACUAUGCAGUUGGCUACUUGGUAACAUUUUGUGCAUUGUAUCGAUCCCAAGAUCGCAUAAUCCGUACCGAUCUCUGUACUUUAGACCUAUCUUCACCGGUGGAGAGACUAAAAGCCCUGGUGCCAUGUUACAGAAUAGCUGGGUUAUUGCCAUUGCUAGCUGAACGCUGCUUCAACAACGUAAAUAAUGGAGGAACUUUAAAGCAAUUAACCUUCAGUGAUUUUGAAAGAGUGGAUGCGGGCGAUGGAGGCAUCAUCGAAAUGACACCCAACACAGUGACAAGAUUCUUCCCCAACCGAAGAAAAUGGGCAGCGGUCAAGGAAAUAUACGAUUUUCUUGAUCAGAGAAUCCCACACGCAGAAUUCAUAUACCUUUCACGGGAGAAAGAUUUGGCAUUGGUGUUCAAACCAAGAGGGGUGAAAUUUAAGCCUACGAACUGUGAGCAACUGGUAGAGGCUCUUAAAUACGUGACUAAAGCCUUGGUAGCACUGCAUGACCUAUCUUUCAUGCACAGGGACCUGAGUUGGGACAAGGUAAUGAGAAGAGGCGACGGAGAAAAUGAGUGGUUCGUAUGUGGGUUCGAUGAGGCGGUGGUCGCCCCUCAGUUGAACCCACAUGAAACAGUGGAGGCGCGUGGAAGGUACGCUCCGGAAAUGGGAAGAGGAUUGCAUGGGGUGAAAGUGGACGUGUGGGGUGUAGGUCACUUGGUGAAGACGUGUGGAUUGUGUCCAAGUGGUGUGCCGAAGAUGCUUAAAGAGUUGCAAAAUAGGUGCUUAGAUCAGAACCCAGAGCAGAGACCCACCGCCGCCGAUUGCUAUCACCACCUUUUGCAAGUGCAGUCAUCUCUGCGAUCAUCCUCCUCCGGAGGGACCUAUUGAAUUGACUGAUGGGGUAGCUUUUGGGUAUUGUUUUGGGGUUUUAUUAUUUAUAUAUAUUGUGGGUUUUUAGGGUGGCUACUGAUAUUGUUAUGGGCUGAAUUUGAUACCUUAAAAAAUUGGUUUCAAGAGAAAAAUGGCGGCUGCUUCCACUGCAGUGCUGCGGCUUCUGUCUUGGGGUUGCAACAGCUGGUCCCUUUCUAUCAAAUCAUAUCUGAAAUUUUAAUUUCAUUUAAUUUUGUAACAGUAUUUUUUGGUUUUUCAAUUAUUAUUAUCCUCGAGAUA